UGCGAAAUUAUGAUAACGUCGAACAUGUUUUUAAAAGUGUAAAGUCAAGUUGCCUCAGAAAAUUUCAACCAAUAUAAUUCAACCAAGUCUUUAAUUUAAUUUAUCUCCACAAAAAUACAAUAAACUGUGUUAAAAGUACUGCAUUUCACAACUUUAGUUCCUGUUUCACUCUAAUUUCAUCAAGUACAUACGUUUUAUCGUGUUUCAACUACUUAAAUUUAUCAUUAAAAUUAUUUCGCCGAGUCUAUAUCAAAAAAAAAAAAAAAAAUAGAGAAGAAAAUAAAUACACACAUAAAAGUUUUAUAUAUCCGAGAGCAGAGAAAAGGCAGUCAAGAAGAAGAAUCGAUUUAACAACAAGACAACCAACGAGCCGCUUUUAUUAUUAAAAUUAAAAACAGAAACAAGAGAGAUUCUACUUCUCAGACAGGAUUGGUGCUCUUAGCAGAGAUGUCAAUAAAUGAUUGGGAAAAACUGCAGGUUACGCGAGAUGAGGUCGAUAAAAUUGGCGAGGCAUUAAAGCAAAAGGAAUUUCGUCAACUUCUUGUUGAUUAUUGUGAGGAAAUAAGUGAUCCGGAAAAUAAGAAACUGUAUGAGAAGGAAAUAACAGAAUUAGAGAAAGAACGUGGUGUUGACAUUUCUUUCAUCAACCCUGAGCCGUGCUAUGUGAUUAAAACUAGUUCCGAUGGAACAACCAAGACCUUUAUUAAUAUUGCAACUAACGAAAAAGUAGAAAAACCGUCAAGUAAGCCAUCAACCAAUGAAAAUGGUCAGCGUGGAUUAGUGUGGAGCUUGCCACAUACAUUAACACCGCCUAGACGUGACGCUGAUAAGAAAGGCUCAAUGUGUCAUGUUUAUGAUGUUGUUUUCCAUCCUGAUGCAUUACAUUUAGCAAAACGUAAUGAUGCAUUCCGUCAACUUGUUAACGACACUGCCAUAGACGCGGUUCAGCAGUCAUUCAAAGUGAAUCUUGACCGUACAAAUCUCAAAUUUCCUAAAUUGUCAUACAAAGGAAUGGUAAAACCAGCUGUGAUUAGAAAGAAGUUGGAUAACUUUGACAUGUCAACGAUUGAACCAAGUCCAAUUGAUAGCAUUUAUCCACCAAUGCCUGAUGAGUCUAAGUCUAAACCACAAGUUGUAAAGCCUUGCGAGAAACCUACAGAAAUGUAUACAAUACCGAAAUUCAAAAUCGUACAAAGACGUGAAGUUGAGUUCCAAGAAAUGACGAAUGAUAUUGAUGCAAAAAUGAACCUUACUAUUCCACACGAGUUAACUGUUACAAUAGAUCUUCCUCUACUAAACACAACUCAGGAUGCAAAUUUAGAUGUUACUAAUAAGAAAAUAACACUAAUUAGUGAAAAGCCUGCAAAAUAUAAAGUUGAAAUCAUAUUACCUUAUGAAGUAGAUGAGGAAAAAGGAACUGCCAAGUUUGAUAAAGCAAAACGUCAGUUAAUCAUCACAUUGCCUGUUGUGAAAAGUAAAAGUAUGAAAAUCACUGAUUUUCUUCGUGAAGAUUCUGGCAUUGAAAGUGAUCAACCUAUGUCUGGUAAAGAGAAACAAGACAAUAGUGAUGAAUCGGAAUCGUCAAAUGAAUCGCCAUUAAUAAGUACAAUAGAUGAAGAGAAUGAUGACGUAAAUGCUGCUGAUAAUGAGAAUAGCAAAAAUGAUUACAAUGUUUUCAAAGAAUUUCUCGACCUAAAUAUUGAAUAUGUAUUGCCAAAUUUCACAUUCAAUCAGAUUGAUGAUAUCAUUGCAUUUACAUUGCAUGUUAAAAACGUUGACGCAUCAACAAUUAUAAUUAAUCGAAAGGAUUUACUGAACAUUGCUCACAUUAAAUUUUCAUCAAUUGGUUCUGGCUUCUUUCCGAUCCAUUACUCAUUUUGUGUAAAAUUUCCAUCACAAUACACGUCAAUAUUUCGCGAAAUAACAGCAGAAGCAUGGGAUAAUAAUGUUAUUUUUCAAUUUGAACUGAAUAAUUAUGAAUUUUCAUCAUAUGAAGUAGGUGUCGAUGAUAAGAACCUCACAAAUUAUGAUAUUGCUGAACGACUGAUAGGACGUCAAGCCAUGACAUCACAGGGAAAGGAAAUAGAAGACGAUAGCUUAUGUAUAGAGGUCCGUUCAGAUAAAGAAGAAAGUGAAUUAGUUAUAGAGGUCAAAAAAGAUUCUAAAAAAUCACAAGAGACAUCAAAUGAUGAUGAAAUAUCUGAGGAUGUAUUUGAUGAUAAGCAGUCAAUUAUGGAUGGCACAAAGCGCCAAACCAAGAAAGCUAUGAGGAAGCGUGCUAAAAAGCCACGCUCCAUGUCUGAAUCGUAUUGUGAUCAAUUAAAAGUAAUAAAUGAACUGGAAUAUCCAAAGAUGGAGAAAUCAACAGAUGAGUCAAAAAAUCGCAAUAAGAACAAUGCUCGGAGUUUAAGUGAAAGCAGCGACGAAGAUCACUUAGAUGAAAAUGGCGAUAUGUCUGUACAAAAUCGCCACAAGUACAAAUCAAUCCUGAAAAAUCGUAACUCUUAUUCAGAAUGUAAUGAGAGCUCUGUUGAGUACUCAAAGAGCCUUUAUUCAAUAUCAGCCGACUUUGGUAUUUGUGAAUCUCAUGAUUCGCUUUCGGAAAGCUGUAAAAAACAAGUUCGGUUUAGUGACAUCAUUAAACGUCAGCUUUUCAGAUCAAACACAUCAAUUUUGGGACAAAAGAAGAAGAAUCAGAAGAAAAAGGCAUCCAGACAACGAGCAAUAGAACGUCGUCAUAGUGAGGGUAGUGAAAGUGAAAAGCACGAUGAUGAUUUUGACGAGAAGGGAGACGAUAUAAGCAAUGAAGAAAACAACGAGAAGCCACAAAAACGUGAUUCGGGCGUUGAUCUGAACGAGAAAAGCGUCAAUCAGAAUGUGAAGAUUAAGAACAAAUCAUCGAAGGCUGAUAGAAUCAUCAACGGAAAUGAUAUUCAUUUCAAAUCCGGCAUGAUCUUCGAUUUAGAGAUGUAAAGGAAUUUCUGGAAUAUUUUUUCUUCUUCGAAAAUUCUAAUGUGGAAGUAUGUAUUGGAAAAUAAUAAAUUAGGGUAUGAGGAUGAGCUCAAUAUAAUAUUUUAUAUCGUAACAAAAAAAGUAGAGAGGAUUUAGGGAGAUUUUUUUUAGAAAUAGUUGAGAUAAUGUAAUUUCUUGAGAGUUGCUAUCUUAUUUAGUUUUUGAGCACAAUUGGAUCUUUUUAUCACACGUGUUACUUUUUUAAGAUUCUACUUAUUUGUUCCCAGUGUAAAAUCUUAAGAUCUAAAAUAUUUUGUCUAGUUGAUUAAAGGAUUAGUAGUGACGUCCUGAUAGCAAUAAUAAUAUUUUCCAAUUAAUCCUCAACAAUAAUGUAUUUUUGAGAAGCCUUAGUUUAAAAAUUAAAAAUAUUAAUGAGUUUCAACAUGAAACAUCCUCAAAAGCCUUCAUGCUCAAAUGAACUUUCUAAUUAAAACUACUACUCGACAUGUCCGGAUAGCAACUCCAAAUUUAUUUUUCACAUAAUUUUUUCGUACAAAAAAAAAGAAGAAAUUUUUUAUAAAAAGUUUGUCUUACUACUGAU